CGGCCACCGGCUCCAGCAGCGGCGCAGAGCGGAUCGGCGCGCGCUGCGAGCACGACAUUCCACGAGACCCGCAGAGCCGCGUCGGGAUCACCGCUGGGCUCCCGCACCCGGACCUUCCUCGGCCUCCGCCUCCUUGGCUCGUCACCCCGCGGCCGCCCGCGGGACGGCGUGAUCGCGCCUGGGCUCUCGGUGCUCCCGGGGCCGCGCGCCAUGGGCAGCCCCCGCUCCGCGCUGAGCUGCCUGCUGUUGCACUUACUGGUUCUCUGCCUCCAAGCCCAGGAAGGCCCGGGCGGGGGGCCUGCGCUGGGCAGGGAGCCCGCUUCCCUGCUCCGAGCUGGCCGGGAGCCCCAGGGUGUUUCCCAACAGGUAACUGUUCAGUCCUCACCUAAUUUUACACAGCAUGUGAGGGAGCAGAGCCUGGUGACGGAUCAGCUCAGCCGGCGCCUCAUCCGGACCUACCAGCUCUACAGCCGCACCAGCGGGAAGCACGUGCAGGUCCUGGCCAACAAGCGCAUCAACGCCAUGGCAGAAGACGGAGACCCCUUCGCAAAGCUCAUCGUGGAGACUGAUACCUUUGGGAGCAGAGUUCGAGUUCGAGGAGCAGAGACUGGUCUCUAUAUCUGCAUGAAUAAGAAAGGGAAACUGAUUGCCAAGAACAACGGCAAAGGCAAGGACUGCGUGUUCACCGAGAUCGUGCUGGAGAACAACUACACGGCGUUGCAGAACGCCAAGUACGAGGGCUGGUACAUGGCCUUUACCCGCAAGGGUCGGCCCCGCAAGGGCUCCAAGACGCGCCAGCACCAGCGCGAGGUGCACUUCAUGAAGAGGCUGCCCCGCGGCCAUCACACCACCGAGCAGAGCCUGCGCUUCGAGUUCCUCAACUACCCGCCCUUCACGCGCAGCCUGCGCGGCAGCCAGAGGACUUGGGCCCCGGAGCCCCGAUAGGCGGCCGCCCGGCUCCUCCCCCGGCAGUCGCGGACCGGGGAAACUCCAGCCCAGCUUAUGCACUCCUGCGAGGAGAUGCGGGCUGCACCGCGAGGGCCGGGGAGGAGCUGGGGAGCUGCCUUCUAAGUUGUGGAUAUUGUUUGCUGUUGGGUUUUUUUUUGUUGUUGUUUUUUAAACAAAAGAGAGGCUCUAUUUUUGUAUU